AUGGUUCAAAUAGGAGAAAAAGGGACAGAAAAAGCAAUUGAUUUUGCUUUAAAAAAUAGUGACCAUAAAGUACUUGAAUAUUUACAUUCGUUAGGAUAUAAAGGUACAGAUUGGGCAAUUGUUACUGCUAUUAAUAAUGUUGCAGAAUAUGACUACAUUAAAGUAGUUGAAUAUUUAGAUUCUAUAAGAUAUACAUGUAUAAAUUUAGUAAUUAAUUCUGCAAUAAUAAAUAACCGUCUUGAUGUACUAAAAUAUUUACAUUCGUUAGGAUAUAGAGGAACAGAAGAUACAAUUUCUGCUGCAUCAAAUAAUCUUGAAAUAUUAAAAUAUUUACAUUCUAUAGGAUAUAAGAAGUCUAAAUGGGUAUUUAAUUAUGCUGCAGAAAAAGGUCACCUUGAAGUAAUUAAAUAUUUACAUUCUAUAGGAUAUAGAGGAACAGAACGUACAAUUAAUUAUGCUGCAGAAAAAGGUCACCUUGAAGUACUUGAAUAUUUACAUUCUAUAGGAUAUAGAGAAACAGAACAUACAAUUAAUUAUGCUGCAGAAAAUGGAACAGUUUGUGCAAUUAAUUUGGCUGCAAAAAAAGGUCACCUUGAAGUAACUAAAUAUUUAGAUUCGUUAGGAUAUAGAGAAACAGAAAAUGCAAUUGAUUUAGCUGCAGAAAAUGGUCACCUUGAAGUAAUUAAAUAUUUACAUUCUAUAGGAUAUAUAGGAACAGUUUGUGCAAUUAAUUAUGCUGCAGAAAAUGGUCACCUUGAAGUACUAAAAUAUUUAGAUUCGUUAGGAUAUAAAGGUACAUUUUAUGCAAAAUCAAUUGCUGCUCAAAAUGAUCACCUUGAAGUACUUGAAUAUUUAGAUUCUAUAGAAUAA